GGCUUCCUCAUCCUCUUCCAAAGCUCCACAUUGUGAUCCAGACAUUCACACUUGUCCAAUCACUGGGGUUUCACAGAAAAUAAAAAGUGAAGGCCCUCCAGAUAUUCAUGAGAACAGCAACUCUUCUUUGCUUGAUUUAAAUACCAGUGUUACUGAAAACCAUAAGUCUACUCAUCACAGCAAGCCUCGAUUCACAGCUUCAGAAACAGACACAUGUAUUAGCCCACUAAGUCAAACCAAGCAGAUGGACUACUUCCGAUUCCCUUUGAAGACUCAUGGAUCAUCUGUUGAAUCCAGUCAUUUGUCCAGAAUCUGUAGACCUGAAUCAGAACCAACCACAUCAAAUUAUAUUUACACACCCAGACAACUCAACCAGACUGACCAAUUCCCUUUGAAGAGCAGAACCUGCAGACGUGUGAUCAAAGGAGCAGGUAGUUUUUCUGACAGAAAGUCCACAUAUCUGAUAUCUACUCAGGCACGAAAGAAAGACUCAUCCACUCAGGAAACAGGGAGAAGAGGGUCUCAGAAAAAAGAUAUUUCCAAGCUAUCACAAAAGAACCAUCAUGGUUCAGAUACUGAUUCCUCCAAAUCUAACUCAAGUCGAACAAGCUCUCUAGAGGCACACUUGAGAAAACACAAACGUUUAGAGGUACAGAUAAAGUGUGGUAUAUCUUGUAGCAAACAACCUACAAGCACAAACACAGCCAGCCACACACAUACAAGGGAUGAUGCAGUGAUUCCAAUGGCCUCCCAUGACCUGCCCCAAACUGGCUCUCAACGAGACCUGUACAAUCAUCCUGACCAGCAAACACAUACAGCCAUUCCAGAACUUUCCAUGGUUGACUGGAUGCCUCAAUCCGGAGCUAACAAAGCAUGUGAACAGUCAUUAACAGAAGAAGACAGUUUGACAGUUGAACAAGUAAAUUUUGCUCAGUUACAUCAGCAGGACGAUUCCCUACUGAGGAAGCCAUCUGUUACGGAGGCGAGGAAAAGCAAGCAAGAAAUAAUCCCACUUCUUGGUAUAUGUGCAUUUACACACAUGUCAGAAAUCGUGCCCCCAGAAGUGAGACCCAAACCUGUCGUCCCUGCUAAGCCCUCUCAUGUGGUACCGCCCACCGGCAUCCCCCCUGCGCCCCUCCAGGGGUCAGGGUCUGGAGGUCAGGGGUCAGGAGGAGGCUCAACAUUGCUGGGAUAUGUUGGGAUAGACACCAUAAUUGAACAGAUGAGGAAGAAAACCAUGAAGACCGGCUUUGAUUUCAACCUCAUGGUUGUAGGUCAAAGUGGCUUGGGGAAAUCCACCUUGGUGAAUACUCUAUUUAAGUCUCAGGUGAGCAGGCGGAGCUCUGGCUGGAGUCGUGAUGAGAAGAUCCCCAAAACUGUGGAGAUUAAAUCUGUGUCACACGUGAUAGAGGAAGGUGGGGUGAAGAUGAAACUGACAGUGAUUGAUACUCCUGGGUUUGGGGACCAGAUAAACAACGAAAACUGUUGGGAGCCGAUAUCUAAAUAUAUCAAUGAGCAGUAUGAAAAGUUUCUGAAGGAGGAAGUUAACAUCGCCCGUAAAAAACGGAUUCCGGACACCCGAGUGCACUGCUGCUUGUACUUCAUAUCUCCAACUGGACACUCUCUCCGGCAGCUGGACAUUGAGUUCAUGAAGCACUUAAGUCGAACUGUGAACAUCAUUCCUGUCAUUGCCAAAGCAGAUACUCUCACCCCUGAGGAAAAAACAGAGUUCAAGCAGAAGGUGAGGAAGGAGCUGGAAGUGUGUGGAAUCGAAUUUUAUCCACAAAAGGAGUUUGAUGAAGACCAGGAAGACAAGGCUGAUAACGAUAAGAUCAGGGAGGCCAUGCCUUUUGCAGUAGUGGGAAGUGACAAAGAGUACCAAGUCAACUGCAAACGGGUUCUGGGUCGGAAAACUGCCUGGGGAAUAGUAGAAGUUGAAAACCCAAAUCACUGUGAAUUCUCUCAACUUCGGGAUUUCCUGAUCAGGUCUCACCUCCAAGACCUGAAGGAGGUCACUCACAACAUCUAUUACGAGAUGUACCGGGCCAAAAGGCUCAACGACAAUGGAGGACUCCAUCCAAUCUCAACCAGCAACAGCACACAGGAAAGCAACCUGUAAGAGGGAAUCAGUGAGCGAGAGAAUGAGUAGCGAGAGGUCGAUAAUGAAAGAUGAUAACGAAUAAUAUUUUUGAGGAUAGGAUAAAUACAUUAGCACGUGACCUUGUGGAGUUCAUCUUAAAGCUUUUUAACCAUCUGAGCAUGUUCGUCAUUGCCUCUCUUUCUGCAAAACGUCCUUUUUAAAACUCAUAAUAACAGCACAUCAACCUAAGAUGGAGACAGACAGAAACGUUCAUGAGUAUAGCCUCUAGAUAUUACAUUUACGCCUAGAAGUUAAGGUGCCACAGUAUAGAUGGAUGACAGCACUGCCAUUCAACUGCACACAAUACAUAGGAGUCUAUAAAUCUUUGUGUGAAGUCUCCUGUGUGUGAUCACUUUGUCUAACAGACUUUAUUCUCUACCUGCCAAACAAUUCAGAACUCAUAACGUUUUUGCAAGCCUUGAUGGUGAUAUAUUGAUGUGCACAUCAAUGUACUCAUAUUUAACUAUUCCUAAACACACUGCAGCAUUUUCCACUGGCUGCUUCUUUUAUGUAGCUCACCCAGAUGACCAAUGAUCCUUUUGUACACCAAUUCAGGACUCCCGUAUUAUCCAGAAUAGCACACCAAGUACUAAGCAGAAAUCCUCUAAACCCAAGGUUUUUGAAGGUUUACCCGAAUACAUUUUGUAAACAUGUUUCUAGACCGUGUGCAUAAGUGUGUGUGAAUGUGUAUGCUAGUAUGAGUGUGUAUAUGAGAGAGAGAGAAUGUGCCUUUAUAUCUUUUAGAUCCAUCUUUCAAGUGUUCAAGCAAUUCAAAAAGAACAUAAUAUUCAACCUUAAUUUUUUUUAAACAAAUAUUUCAUGUGUGCCAUUAUUUAUAUCAGUGUGCAUGUAUAUCGCUGGAACAAAGGAACUGCUUGAUGUCUAAAAGUUCACUUUGGUGUUAACCACUUGAUGUUUCAGUCAAUGCACAGGUCAAUUCAUGGUCUAUUUAGGCAAGAGAAAUUGAACUGUAUCACACCUCAGAUCAUCUUUUACAUUCUGCCAUAAAUCUUAGGAUGAAUACCCCUUUUUAUUUAUUUAAUCUAAGUUUUUUCUCAUUAAUGCUUUUUGUGAAAUAUUAAAUCACAAGGACGUAUUCUUGCCUAGUGUUAUGUUUUUAAGUGUUAUUUAUUACAUCAUUUAAUAAAUGUUUUCCAUCACUUUUUGACUUCCUUUGACUUUUCUGUAACUAUAUCAUCAUCUACAAUCACUCUGCUGUAUGAAAAACAGCAGAAACAGAAAUAACAAAUCACAACACUGACCUGCACAAGAACAGCCUACCCAGG